UACACAGCUCGAGCACUUCAACCCUCGUUCUCUCUCGCUUCGUUAUACUAUCUUACUCUCUCGCUCACUAAGCUCACUCUUGCACUCACUCCAUGUCCAUCUCUUUCACUCUUACACAGUUCACCAUUGUCUUCUUCUUCGCACUCCGCUAACUCCUUCGUCACCAUUGUCUCGCACUGACUUACAAAGAAGAAAAGCGGUUCCAACGUGAUGAGCAUGGUUACAAAUCAUUUUUGGACAUUUUAAACAUGUAUUGCAAAUAACACAAGGACAUCAAUGAGGUUUAUAGCGAGGUUGCUACCCUCUUCAAGGACCACGGAGAUUUACUUGAGGAUUUCACUAGAUUCUAACAGUAUACUUCUGCAGCACUUUAAUGAGCAAAGUUCCACGACUGCAAUGAUAUGCCAAAUUCCACCUGACAGGGCAGUAAGAUUUGUUGUUAUACCACUUAUAUAUGGAUCUUGUAAACUGCCUUUUUUAAUGAUUGGGUUUUGAACAUUUUUCUACAGUAACGUUAUUUAUAGAGAAGGCUGAAGGUUUUGGAAUGGCUUCCCACUUUCCUUCUUAUGAAGACAAAGACACCUUAAAGAUUCUCCUCCCUUGGAUCGUUAGAUGAAAAAUGGAUGAUUGAGCUAGCAUCAUCAGUGUCAGCAAGCCUCUCAAAAGAUAAAACACCCUAAUGGAAGUGGAAAAAGCUGCAAAAAUGCUUGUGUAAUGGCAGAAAUGGAGGAGUGCCAUGGUUCCUAAUGAAUUUAUUUCAAUCUGAAAUUCCAAAUGAAUUGGAAGCAAGGAAAAUCUUCUUGCAGGGUUUUUCUAGAGAUGAAUUCCCUCUCAUGAUUGUUCAAACCAAUAAACAUUUUCUUGCCAAGGAUCAGAUUCAAUUCAAGAGGCUAGUGACUUGUAAGACAAAGAUGGAGGGCUUAGGGAAAUGCUUGCAGGAAAGGAUGAUGAGCUUCUCAAGACUGAAGUCUGCAUUAAAUGUCAAAAGAAAUAACCAGAGGAUAAGAACUAUAAGGAAUGGAAUAACUGGUGUGAGGAAGGAGCUACAUGAUCUUAGAAAUUUGCGAAAUUUUGGAUAUGUUGAUAAUCAACGGGUUGAGGGUGAGGGGAAAGAAGAUUGUGUACCUGAAGAAGUUCCAGUAGCAGAUGCAGAUUGUGCACCUGAAGAAGUUCCAUGUGAAGCUGGUGAUGAAGCUUUUGGUCAAGCAAAUGAACCAGCUGCUGAUGAAGGUGCAGGUCAAGCAAAUGAAGCAGCUGCAACUGAAGGAGCUGUAGAUGAAACAACUGCAUAUGAAGGACCUGCAAACUUAUGUAUUGCAAAUGAAGGAGCUGCAAAUGAAGCAGCUGCAUAUGAAGGACCUGCAAACCUAUGUCCUGCAGAUGAAGUAGUUGCAGAUGAAGGAGGUGCACCUGUUGAUGAAGAAUGUGCAGUUGAAGGUGAUGAAAAGGCUUCAGUUGAAGGACCUACACAUGAAGGUUGUGAGGCACAUCAAGAAGGUGCAGUUGAUGCAGAUGAAGAAGCUUCAACUCAUUGACAUCAAGAAGGUGCAGAUGACAUAGGUGGUGAUGAUGAAGAAGCUUCAGCUCUUUCAGCUCCUAUCAUUGACAUAGUUGAUGAUGAUGACAAUGGCCAAGCUAAACCCAAAUUAGUAGUCCCUUUGCGUACCUAUAAUGGUGAUCCAAAAAAAAACGUUGAUUUGGAUAUGUUGUACAAUGCGGUGAUGCGAAGGGACAUUGAAUCGAGGUAAGAUAACAAUAAUUUUUGAAUUUUGUUGCUGAUGACUGAUAAUAAUACCUAAUUGAAUAUUGUUGAUAUA